AUGCCUGCCUUUCUUUCCUGGCUCCGGCGCAUCUAUUCGCUAGACACCCUUGACACUCGCUUCACUUCCUCUGCCAGCACCCCGGCCAACGCUGCCGCUGACACGCGACCUCCCUCCGCGAAAGAUGCCCGCGCCAAUGCCAUCGCCCAGAGCGCGCCGGCACCGCUCUGGCGCACGCCCGAGUUCUUCAUCUACUACCUUUUCUUCAUUACGCUCGUUCCAUUGAUGUUCAAGACCGUGGUGGAUGCCUCGAAGGAUACUCACCCUAUCUACUCUACCUACUCCCACCUCCUGUCACCGGGCUGGAUUCCUGGCCGUCUAGUGGACAACUCCGAUACCCAGUAUGCGAGUUUCCGCGACAAUAUCCCCUAUCUAAUCUUGCUCCUGAUUGCCCAUCCUAUCGUCCGCCGAUUAUACCAGCAUUUUGGGAGCCGUUCAAGCCCUGAAACCAAGCGCGUCCACCCUUCCGCGGCCGCCGCUGGAGAUGCGCAGCUGGAGCAGCGCAUGCGCUUUGACUUCGGGUUUGGGCUAGUCUUCGUUACUGCGCUCCACGGCAUCUCCGCGCUUAAAGUGCUGCUGAUCUUGUUCAUCAACUACAAAAUUGGCAAGAACCUUCCCCGGUCCUACGUACCCGCGGUAACAUGGACAUUCAAUAUUUGCAUCUUGUUUGCCAAUGAAGUAUGCGGAGGCUACCAGUUCGAAGCGAUUGCAACAAUUUUGGCGCCAGGAUCAGCAUUAUCGGGGGAGAGGCACACCUGGCUUGUCGAGUGGGCAAAGAGCCUGGAUGACUUGGGUGGUAUCAUGCCGCGAUGGGAAGUUCUCUUCAAGGUCACCGUGUUGCGUUUGAUCAGCUUCAACAUGGACUACUAUUGGAGCGGGGACUAUCCUGCGGCGAGCCCAAUUGAAAAGAAACAACUCGACCCCGCCUCCCUGUCUGACCGAGACCGAGUGAAGAUUCCCGCCGAAUCGGCUGCAUUCAGUAUGCGUAACUAUAUUGCCUAUGUGCUCUACUCGCCAUUGUAUCUGGCCGGCCCCAUCUUGACCUUUAACGACUAUGUCUCACAGCAGCGAUACAAAGCGCCGUCCGUGACAAGCACUCGCACCAUCCUUUAUGGAAUCCGUUUCCUCCUCAGCCUGCUCUGCAUGGAGCUUAUCCUCCACUACAUCUACGCUGUAGCAAUCUCCAAAGCCUCGCCUGAUUGGUCUCUCUUCACCCCGGGCCAACUCAGCAUGCUGGCUUUCUUCAAUCUCCACAUCAUCUGGUUGAAGCUGCUCAUUCCCUGGCGCUUCUUCCGUCUUUGGGCCCUUAUCGAUGGCAUUGACCCGCCGGAGAACAUGGUCCGCUGCAUGUCAAACAACUAUUCUGCCCUCGCUUUUUGGCGUGGCUGGCACCGAUCUUACAAUCGAUGGAUUGUCCGAUACAUCUACGUUCCUCUUGGUGGAGGCGGCGGCGGACGGCGUCCCGCCGGGGCAAAGUCAUCUUCAUCACCGCCAUCAUCAGGCCUCGGUGCCAAGUUCCAAAAAAUCCGUAACUUUUUGCUGGUGUUCACUUUCGUCGCGCUUUGGCAUGAUAUCAACCUGCGUCUUUUGAUGUGGGGCUGGCUCAUCACGCUCUUCGUUUUGCCUGAAGUCGUGGCUGGUAUGCUCUUCCCUGCGAGUCGCUGGCGCUCGCGCCCGACGACGUACCGCGUCCUAAGUGGCAUUGGGUCUGUGGGUAAUGUCCUCAUGAUGAUGAUCGCCAACCUGGUCGGCUUUGCUCUUGGGUUGGAUGGAUUGAAGGAUCUGCUUACAAGCCUGACGGGAUCUUACUCAGGCGUUGCUUACAUGGUCUCGUGUUGCGUGGUGCUGUUCGUGGGAGUGCAGGUCAUGUUUGAGAUACGCGAGGAUGAGCUGCGUGCUGGUAUCAACCUGAAGUGUUGA